GUGCGAUUCAAACCAAGGUAGUCUUGAUUGGAUCCGCAGCGAAUGUACGGCAUCGGCAGCGACGACGACAGCGGUCCGCCUUCACGGCCUCUAAUCGAUGCUACCGCCGAGACGAGGCAACGCCUGCGGCGGACGAGGUAGAAGCCGGGCCAGAGGAGGCGACGGCGUUGAUGGAGGAGGGAGGAACAGAGAGGGGUAAAACAGGAAAGCGACUCAUCUCUGCCAUGAGGGUCCACUCGUCAGGGACCUGAUGUUCUCCUGCUGCGGUACAGUUUGCUUUCUUUCCAUCCUCAACUCCGGCGGCGGUUCCUCUUCCUGUUACCCCGCAUCCCUAGCCGCGACGACUCCUCGAUCGCCGGCGAAUAUCGUCGUCCCUGACUCUCAACUCUGGUAGCUCCCAGCCUCCCCACGAGUCCGACCAUCCCGCGGUUAUCAAUCUGGCUUGAACUGCACUUCGAAGUCUCGUUGCUUCAUUUUUUUUGAGUGUUUAUUAUGCGUUGUGCCUUCAAUUCAAAGAACCAUGCUUGGGAUAAGGACUCAAAUGCGAUGGAUGGUUCAAGAGUGGAUUUUCUAUUGUUGUCUCCAGAAGGAAACCCAAUGGGAUUCAGACCCGAAGCCCCAAAGGUAUCAAGAGUUCUUGCUGAAACCCACACCAUUUUUUUUUGAAAGAUCUGGAUAAUGCGGGCAUGUGUUACUCUCAAGUAGAAGAGCAGGUUGCGGUGCCCAGACGCACAGAUAAGACCUGAGUCAGUAAGAAUCUGAUCAGGUGGAGCAUCCAGCGAUGAUUCCCAGCAAUUUGGCAUACCCACGCCAUUUGAAGUUCUUGCUGAUAGCCUGAUACCCAUGCCAUUUGAAGUUCUUGCUGGUUGUGGCAAACUGACAGUGACAAACUGACAAUUUUCCUUCUCGUCAACUCAAGAGUUGCUUGCACUCCAAGUAGCAAUACCAUUUUUUAGAAUUUCUGCGGUCUAAAAGUUAGUCAACAACGUGCUAGUGGCUUCUAUAUCUGACGCAAUUUCCCUUUGUUGACGUACUGCAUAUUGUCUUGUAUGUCAACAUGUGUUCUUAAUUUUAUUCCAAAAACAUCACAUGUCAACAAAGUUUCGAUAAAGGGAAGCUUCUUGGAUACUGCCCUGGCCUCCUGUUAGGGAUAUGUAUAAAUAAACAGCAGCAUUGGAGCCCCUCCACUCCUACCAUUGAUUUGUUCAAGAGAUUUGAAGCUCCCAGUUCUUGUUGACGUUGCUGUAAUUUGUAAAUACAUGGAGGUGCAGGAAGGAAGGAAAGGAAUACCGUCGUUGCUCUCCUUGCAAGGGGAGUGCAUUGCAUCGAACAUCACACAGCUGAUUGGUUGGACGCCGCUGAUAGAACUGAAAAAUAUUGCCAAGAAGGAUGGCAUAUACGCUCGCCUGAUUGGGAAGAUUGAGCCGUACCAGCCCCUUUCUUCUGUUAAGGAUCGAAGUGCUCUCAGAUUGAUUGAAGAUGCGGAGGAGAAACGCCUGAUCUCACCUGGCAUAACAACACUAGUGGCACUCACGAGUGGUAAUCUUGGUAUUGGUCUGGCAUUUGUUGCGGCUCAGAAAGGCUACAGAUUCGUUGCUGUCAUGCCAGCAAAAAUUGCAAUAGAUAAGCAGAUACUGUUGAGAUACUUGGGCGUUGAAGUGAUAUUAGUUGAUGCUACAAUUAAUGGAUUCAAGGGGCUACUUGAUAGAGUUGAACAGCUUAAGAACGAAAUGGAAAAUGUUUAUGUUAUAGACCAGUUCACUAACCCUGCAAAUCCUGAUGCACACUUCAGAUGGACUGGACCUGAGAUAUGGAACGACACAAAAGGCAAAGUGGACAUAUUUGUUGCUGCAACAGGUUCAGGAGGCACAUUGACAGGCACUGGGAGGUAUCUGAAGAUGACGAAUCCAUCCGUGAAGCUAAUAUGCGUUGAACCAGCUGAAAGUGCAGUAAUUUCAGGUGGUGAGCCAGCAUAUCAUCAAAUACAGGGGAUAGGGCCUGGUUUUGUCCCAGAAAUACUAGACACAUCACAAAUAGAUGAAAUCAUAACAGUAACUUCCCAAGAAGCCAUGGACAUGGCAAGAAGGUUGGCAAGGGAAGAAGGAUUGCUCGUUGGCAUAUCUUCAGGGGCAAAUGCAGCUGCUUGCUUAAAGGUUGCGGCACGAGAGGAGAGCAAGGGAAAGUUGAUUGUGACGAUGUUUUCCAGUGGUGGGGAGAGGUACUUGAACUCAGAACUCUUUGCUCAGGUGAAGGAGGAAUGCGUCAACAUCAACAUGGCCUUCUAAAUUAAAUGUUCAGUUUCAGGCAAUGCUGGCCUACGGUCUACCUUCCAGGAUUUCAUUUCAUUGUAGUUGUAAGGAGUGCCUAUGUAUGUUAUGUAAAACCAGGCAAUGUAUCUUUUCCCUUUUAUCAAGAAAGCAAAUGUUGUGAUUAGUUCCA